UUAAAUUUUCUUAAUGACAUGAUAUUUUUGUAGCUACAAAACUGUCGUAGCAUGUCUAAGACAAUUAGCUCCAAAAGCUUUUUCUUGCUAUCUUAAAUUUCGUGGCCAGCCAAACAAGUUUAUGCAAAAUGAAAUAGAGAGAUUAUUUAUUAGGCUUUUAUAAAAAAUUUCAUGUAUAUAUUUACCUUCGGUAUAAUAAGCUUCAUCCAACACUGUCCCAUAGUCACUUGAGUCAAUGGAUUUCUGUACUGAACUGUCCCUUUAGAUGAGAUUCUUGUGAUUAUCUCCUAUUCAUUGUUUUCUAGUAAGAUUCAUCCUUUACGUGAAGGUUAUGUGUGGUUGUAUAUACCAAUCAUUAUAUGCCACAAGGUGAUUUUUUCUGAGUGUAAUAGUAAUUUUGCAUACAGUGAACAAAAUUGAGAUUCAAAUCACCAAUAUUAUGGAGUACGAGGACCUCGCAAAGGAGAAAUUACCGAAGAUGGUAUUUAAAUUUAAGCCUCCGGAGCAGAGGACCAGUGGACACUCCAAGAGAAUCGAAAUGCAUUUUCUAGAAUAUUGUUCAGGUCUCGUAUCCUUUUAGAUGUAAGCAACAUUGAUAUAACCACAAAUGUUUUGGGGUUCAAGAUUUCAAUGCCCCUCAUGGUUGCACCAAUUGCAAUGCAGAAAAUGGCUCAUCCUGAAGGAGAAUAUGCGACAGCACGAGCAGCAUCAGCUGCUGGCACAAUCAUGACAUUAUCCUCAUUGGCUACUUCCACUUUAGAAGAGGUUGCUUCAACAGGACCUGGCAUUCGCUUUUUCCAGCUCUAUGUGUACAAAAACAGGAGUGUUGCUCUGCAACUUGUGAGAAGGGCAGAAAGAGCUGGAUUCAAGGCAAUUGUUCUUACAGUUGAUACUCCAAUGCUUGGCCGAAGAGAAGCUGAUAUCAAGAACAGAUUUGUUUUGCCACCUCACUUGGCACUGGAGAACUUUGAAGGACUGGAUCUUGGAAAAAUAGAUAGGACUAAUGACUCUGGACUUGCUUCAUAUAUUGCUGGCCAAUUUGAUCGAUCUCUUAACUGGAAGGAUGUGAAAUGGCUCCAGACAAUAACCGGCUUGCCAAUUCUACUGAAGGGUGAAUUAACUGCAGAAGACGCAAGGUUAGCUGUACAAGCUGGAGCAGCAGGAAUUAUUGUGUCAAAUCAUGGGGCUCGACAGCUUGAUUAUGCUCCUGCAACUAUAACGGCCUUGGAAGAGGUUGUCAAAGCAGUGCAAGGCAGGAUCCCUGCUUUUCUGGAUGGUGGAGUUCGGCGUGGCACUGAUGUCUUCAAAGCAUUGGCUCUUGGUGCAUCUGCUGUAUUUAUUGGAAGACCAGUUGUGUUUUCGUUGGCUGUUAAUGGGGAGGCAGGUGUGAGAAAAGUACUUCAUAUGCUCCAUGGUGAGCUUGAACUAACCAUGGCAUUAAGUGGUUGUCGCUCAAUCAAGGAAAUUACUCGUGAUCAUAUCAUGGCUCCAUGGGAUCCCCCUCACGCCCGGUUAUAAAUUGCUCUUCAAACUCCAUGCCUGCAACUUCAUGCUUGAGACAAAUUUUCUGUAGACUAGCCUGUUUUAAGAAUGAUGACCUUUCACUGAAAGGCUUUCAGUUCGACGUUAAAGAAACAAAAGUCUCCUGUAGAUUUACAACAACUUAUAUUACUUCCUAAAUGAGAAUAAAUGGCAUAUAUAUACCAACUUGG